AUUAGUUUACUUUUGAGUUAACGCGGCACUGUGUAACGAAAAAUAUCGAUAAUUAUCAAAACAUCGAUAACCACAUAAUGCCAUCUCUUGUGCCAGUGAACAUUGUUUUUAUUGUACUAGCCACGCACUAGCUGCUUCGUAGACAGCUGCGGAGUAGAGUGUUCGUGUGGGGAAUUGUGUUCAUUACUGUUGACACUGGUGACUGUAAAGGCAUGUAAGUAAUAUAUUCUGCGUAAUCAGAGAUAGAUAGAUCAGAGAUCAAUUUUACAGCAAUAAACAAGUAUGUAAGAAGUAAACAAAACAAAUUCAGAUGGCAAUAGUCCAGUGUGCCCGAUUGGGAAAGCAAUAGUGUGACUAAAACAAACGCAGCCAGUGAACAUUGUUCUCUUUGGACUAGCGACUCACUAGCUGCUUUGUAUAUAGCUGCGGUGUAGACUGUUCGUUUGGUGAAUUACAUUAAUUACAGCUAAUGCUGGUUACUGUAAAUUCAUAAAUAUCAUUGUAUCAUCAUGUCGGACAAGCCCGCAAAACGCUCCCGUAGAACAAGCGCUCCCCAAUGCGAUUGCGAUUGUGCUAAAACGGUCAAAAAUUUGGAGGAUCACUUUAAAUUAUUGACGGAUUUGGUGGUUACUGUAUCUCAUAAAAUAGAUUCUCUCCAAGAAAUAAAUAAUCAAAUGCAAUCGCAACUCACAGCUGUACUUCAAGCGCUGCAGAAUCAAAAAGCUGAGAAGGACAACUUUAUAGAAUGUAUUGCGGACAAGCAAUAUGAUAAAGUCUCUACGAAACCCAAGUUUCCUAUUAAUUCCGCAGAAGAAAUGGAGAUAAUUGAUAAGAAUAUUGAUAUGUUAGAUAUAGAAAAGAUUGCGUCAACUAUAACACGUUUAUUACAACCAAACGGAGUUGAGAAACAGCUGCAAAACAUCUUAACUGAUGAUUUUGUAAUGGCCCAUAAUUUAGAUGGCGUCCAUGGGAAAUUGGCAAUUAGGUCUUAUAAAAAUUUUUGUGAAGUUCUUAUUGAAGCCAUUAAAGCAACCGGUGGAGCCGACUCAGCAGAAGAUCAACUGCGCAGGGCGUUACAACUCCAGAAAAAGAGAGUUUUCAAAAAGAGAAGCUGCGCCUUAAAAAAACAGAAAAUGUCAGACAGUUUUUCGUCAGAUUAUUUUUAAAUAAUUCCAUAAUUGUUAUACAAUCUCAUUAUAAAUAAACAUAAGAAUUUAAAGAUAUUUAAUUUGAAAGCUUAUCCCCAUU